UGACAAAACCACAAAACCGAGGUAAAAUUAUAUGAACAAAUCGUUUAGUAAACCGAUUCAAAUGAUUCGAUUCACUGAGAUGAAUCAAAUUCCCGAACUCCAAAAAGUCCGACAAACUCCUCCCACCGGAAUUACAUAACCAGAGGUCGUCGUCCUAGAAAAUCCACAUGGAAAAGACAAUUUAGACAACAGCUGAAAUAAACAAGAAUUAAUGAUCACAAUCUAGACUGACUUUCCACAAUGUCUCGGGAGCAGCAGGCUGUCCAGCAGGCCAGGAAGGCUUUCUUAACUGGAAGAUCUAAACCCCUAGACUACAGAAUUAAACAACUUCAAAACUUAAAGCGAUUCAUUAAGGAAAAAACAACAGACAUUGCCAGUGCCAUGAGAAAAGACCUCCAUAAGACUGCUAAUGCAACACAUUUGUUUGAGAUCCUUGGCUUGGAGGGAGAAAUCAAUCUGGCUGUCAGCAAGCUGGCUGAGUGGGCAGCUCCUCGUCCUGUGAAUAAAAACCUUGUCACCAUUGCAGAUGAUGUGUACAUACAGCCAGAGCCUCUUGGUGUUGUGCUUAUCAUUGGGGCAUGGAACUAUCCAAUAACAGUUACCCUGCAGCCCCUUGUGGGUGCCAUUGCUGCAGGUAAUGCUGCAGUUGUGAAACCUUCAGAAGUGAGCUCCCACACAGCCAAAGUUAUGGAGCUCCUGUCUCUCUACUUGGACCCUGAGAUGUAUCAGGUUGUGACAGGAGGGGUUGCAGAGACCCAGGUGCUGCUGAAGCAGCGUUUCGACCACAUCUUCUACACCGGGAGCAGCACGGUGGGGAAACUGGUGAUGGAAGCUGCAGCUCAUCAUCUCACACCAGUGACUUUAGAACUGGGUGGAAAAAGCCCUUGUUAUAUUGACAAAAACUGUGACAUCAGAAUUGCCUGCCGCCGCAUCACUUGGGGGAAGUACAUGAACUGCGGCCAGACCUGCAUUGCACCUGAUUACAUCCUCUGUGAAUCCAGCAUCCAAGACAAAGUGAUUAAUGAGAUCCAGAAAUGUAUCCAGGUUUGUUUUUAUGUAGAUGCUAUUGCUCUUUUGACAAUGGGACCUUUUGUCUUCAUUGUCUUAUUUAUUUUCUUGCAGGAGUUUUAUACGAAUGACCCCAAGAGCUUUGCAGACUAUGGACGAAUUAUUAACCAGCGGCAUUUUAAGAGGAUAAUGGCACUUACAGAGGGUAGCACAGUGGCUAUUGGAGGAGACAGCGAUGAAUCAGAGUGUUAUAUUGCUCCUACUGUUUUGAGGGAUGUUACACCAGGAUCUAAAGUGAUGCAGGAAGAGAUCUUUGGGCCAAUUCUACCCAUCGUUAUUGUUAACGGCUUAAAAGAAGCCAUUCAGUUCAUCAACGAACGAGAAAAGCCUUUGGCACUCUACAUUUUCUCUUCCAGUAAAAAGGUCAUUAAACAGAUGAUAUCAGAGACAUCUAGUGGAGCUCUUGUAGCCAAUGACUGUCUGGUGCAUUUCACCAUAAGUGAUUUGCCUUUUGGUGGGGUUGGGAAUAGUGGAACUGGUUGCUACCAUGGCAAAUACAGUUUCGAUCAGCUGAGUCACCUUCGCAGCUGUCUUAUUAAGAAGCUGAACAUGGAGGGAGUGAAUCAGAUGCGCUACCCACCCCAUACAACGGAGAAGUUACGCUGGGCCCGUGUUUUACUCUUGAAGCAAGUUAAUCUGGCUCGCUGGCGUCAGGUGGCUCAGGUUGCUAUGUUUGCUGCACUGGCAGCCUUUGUGGUGCAGAGGUUUUUGCGGCAAUGAGGACAACCUGAAGUUUGUCUCUUUGACCC